AUGGAAGGUUACCCUUCACAACCUGAUUUCGAAUACCUGGACGAUGAUGGCCGUCCUAGAAGAACAGGAACCAUUUGGACAGCAAGCUCUCAUAUAAUAACAGCUGUGAUUGGAUCUGGAGUACUGUCUUUAGCAUGGGCUAUAGCACAAUUGGGUUGGAUUGUUGGUCCUACAGUCAUGAUUCUUUUCAGCUUAAUCACUUUGUAUACUGCAUCAUUGCUAACUGAAUGUUAUCGUUAUGGUGAUCCUCUUUUCGGGAAGAGAAACUAUACUUACGUCGAUGCAGUUCAAAACAUUCUUGGCAGGCACCAUUACACAGUUUGUGGAUUAGUUCUGUACAUAAGUCUUUGCUGCAGUGCAACAGGAUAUACAAUUGCAGCUGCCAUUAGCAUGAUGGAAAUAAAAAAGACCAGAUGCCUUCAUAAAUCGGGAGGAAAAGAUCCGUGUAAGAUUUCAAGCAAUCCAUACAUGAUCGGUUUUGGAGUAAUUCAAAUUUUCACUUCUCAAAUUCCAGAGUUUCAUGAAACAUGGUUGCUCUCAGUAGUAGCAGCAAUCAUGUCUUUUGUCUAUUCCAUAAUCGGCUGCUUUCUCGCAAUUUACCAAGUUGCAGUAAACGGUACAUUCAAGGGUACCGUAACCGGAGGAAGCAGUGGAAAUGUGUCAACAACAGAAAAAGUAUGGGGAAUUUUCCAAGCUCUUGGUAACAUAGCCUUUGCUUACUCAUACGCUCAAAUUCUCAUUGAAAUUCAGGACACCAUAAAAAAUCCACCAUCCGAAGUAAAAACAAUGAAGAAGGCAACAACCUUAAGUGUUAUUGUGACUACAGCAUUUUACAUGCUUUGUGGUUGCAUGGGCUAUGCUGCAUUUGGAGAACAAACCCCAGGGAACUUGCUCACUGGAUUUAGUUUGUACAAUCCAUCUUGGGUCAUUGAUUUAGCGAAUGCAACCAUUGUGAUUCACCUUGUUGGAACAUACCAAGUAUAUGCUCAACCUGUGUAUGCCUUUGUAGAGAAAUGGGCAGCAAAAAGAUGGCCUAAAACAAAAGUGAAUUUCAGAGUUUUUGGUGGUUACAAUCUAAAUCUAUUUAGAUUAGUUUGGAGAACAUUUUUUGUGAUCAUAGCUACUUUUGUUGCAAUGUUGAUUCCUUUUUUCACUGAUGUUCUGGGAUUUCUUGGAGCAAUAGGGUUUUGGCCAUUAACGGUUUAUUAUCCGGUGGAGAUGUAUAUCUUGCAGAAGAAGGUUCCAAAAUGGAGUAGGAAAUGGAUUUGGUUGGAAAUCAUAAGUCUUGUAUGUCUUAUUGUAUCAGUUUUGGCUGCUCUUGGCUCAAUUGCUAGCGUUGUGGUUGACCUAAAGAAAUACAGGCCAUUCCUCACAGAUUAUUGA